UCCCUCCCUCCCCCCCUGACCCCCGACCCCCGCCGGCCGGCCCCCCGCCCCAGCCCCGGAGGGAGCUCAUGGGAGUAUGAAGGAGAUGGUAGGAGGCUGCUGCGUAUGUUCGGACGAGAGGGGCUGGGCCGAGAACCCGCUGGUCUACUGUGAUGGGCACGCGUGCAGCGUGGCUGUCCACCAAGCUUGCUACGGCAUCGUCCAGGUGCCAACGGGACCCUGGUUCUGCCGGAAAUGUGAAUCUCAGGAGCGAGCAGCCAGGGUGAGGUGUGAGCUGUGCCCACACAAAGACGGGGCAUUGAAGAGGACUGAUAAUGGAGGCUGGGCCCACGUGGUGUGUGCCCUCUACAUCCCGGAGGUGCAGUUUGCCAACGUGCUCACCAUGGAGCCCAUCGUGCUGCAGUACGUGCCCCACGACCGCUUCAACAAGACCUGCUACAUCUGUGAGGAGCAGGGCCGGGAGAGCAAGGCAGCCUCGGGAGCCUGCAUGACGUGCAACCGCCAUGGGUGUCGGCAAGCUUUCCACGUCACCUGUGCCCAAAUGGCAGGCCUGCUGUGUGAGGAGGAAGUGCUGGAGGUGGACAACGUCAAGUACUGCGGCUACUGCAAAUACCACUUCAGCAAAAUGAAGACGUCCCGGCAUACCAGUGGGGGUGGCGGAGGAGCAGGAAGCGGAGGCGGUACAGGGGCAGGUGGCAGUGGCUUUAUUGCUGGCCGGAGAAGCCGGUCAGCCUCACCAUCCACCCAGCAGGAGAAGCACCCUUCCCACCAUGAAAGGGGCCAGAAGAAGAGUCGAAAGGACAAAGAACGCCUUAAACAGAAGCACAAGAAGCGGCCUGAGUCACCUCCCAGCAUCCUCACCCCACCCGUGGUCCCCACUGCUGACAAGGUCCCCUCCUCAGCCUCUUCCUCCUCUCACCAUGAGGCCAGCACUCAGGAGACCUCUGAGAGCAGCAGGGACUCGAAGGGGAAAAAGUCUUCCAGCCAUAGCCUGAGUCACAAGGGGAAGAAACUGAGCAGUGGGAAAGGUGUGAGCAGUUUCACCUCCGCCUCUUCCUCCUCCUCCUCUUCCUCCUCUUCUUCCUCCUCCUCUGGGGGCCCCUUCCAGCCUGCAGUCUCGUCCCUGCAGAGCUCCCCUGACUUCUCCGCAUUCCCCAAGUUGGAGCAGCCAGAGGAGGACAAGUACUCCAAGCCCGCAGCCCCCACCCCUUCAGCACCCCCCUCUCCCUCAGCCCCUGAGCCCCCCAAGGCUGACCUCUUCGAGCAGAAGGUGGUCUUCUCUGGCUUUGGGCCCAUCAUGCGCUUCUCCACCACCACCUCCAGCUCGGGCCGGGCCCGGGCCCCGUCCCCUGGAGACUAUAAGUCUCCCCACGUCUCGGGGUCCGGGGCCUCAGCAGGCACCCACAAGCGGAUGCCCACACUGAGUGCUGCCCCUGCGCCUGCUGAGGAGACCCAUGAGACAGGCCUGAAGGAGAAGAAGCACAAAGCUAGCAAGAGGAGCCGGCAUGGACCGGGUCGUCCCAAGGGCAGCCGGAACAAGGAGGGGGUCGGGGGCCCGGCCGCCCCCUCGCUGCCCAGUGCCCAGCUGGCUGGCUUUACUGCCACUGCUGCUUCACCCUUCUCUGGAGGUUCCCUGGUCAGCUCUGGCCUGGGUGGCCUGGCUUCCCGCACCUUUGGGCCUUCAGGGAGCCUUCCUAGCCUGAGCCUGGAGUCCCCACUGCUAGGGGCAGGCAUCUACACCAGUAAUAAGGACCCCAUCUCCCACGGUGGCAGUGGCGGAAUGCUGCGAGCUGUCUGCAGCACCCCCCUCUCCUCCAGCCUGCUGGGGCCCCCAGGGACCUCGGCCCUGCCCCGCCUCAGCCGCUCCCCAUUCACCAGCACCCUCCCCUCCUCCUCUGCUUCUAUCUCCACCACUCAGGUGUUUUCUCUGGCUGGCUCUACCUUUAGCCUCCCUUCUACCCACAUCUUUGGAACCCCCAUGGGUGCCGUUAACCCCCUCCUCACCCAGGCGGAGAGCAGCCACACAGAGCCAGACCUGGAGGACUGCAGCUUCCGGUGUCGGGGGACCUCCCCCCAGGAGAGUCUGUCUUCCAUGUCCCCCAUUAGCAGCCUCCCCGCACUCUUCGACCAGACAGCGUCUGCACCCUGCGGGGGCACCCAGUUAGACCCAGCGGCCCCCGGAACAACUAACAUGGAGCAGCUGUUGGAGAAGCAGGGCGACGGCGAGGCCGGUGUCAACAUCGUGGAGAUGCUGAAGGCACUGCACGCGCUGCAGAAGGAAAACCAGCGGCUUCAGGAACAGAUCCUGAGCCUGACGGCCAAGAAGGAGCGGCUGCAGAUUCUCAACGUGCAGCUCUCUGUGCCCUUCCCUGCCCUGCCUGCCGCCCUGCCUGCCGCCAACGGCCCAGUCCCUGGGCCCUAUGGCCUGCCUCCCCAAGCCGGCAGCAGCGAUUCCUUAAGCACCAGCAAGAGCCCCCCGGGGAAGAACAGUCUUGGCCUGGACAACUCUCUGUCCACAUCUUCUGAGGACCCACACUCAGGCUGCCCCAGCCGCAGCAGCUCGGCGCUGUCCUUCCACAGCACGCCCCCACCGCUGCCCCUGCUCCAGCAGAGCCCUGCUACCCUGCCCCUGGCCCUGCCCGGGGCCCCUGCCCCGCUCCCGCCCCAGCCUCAGAACGGGCUGGGCCGGGCACCGGGGGCAGCAGGGCUGGGGGCCAUGCCUAUGGCUGAGGGGCUGUUGGGGGGGCUGGCGGGCAGCGGGGCCCUGCCCCUCAAUGGGCUCCUUGGGGGGUUGAAUGGGGCUGCCGCCCCCAACCCUGCGGGCUUGAGCCAGGCUGGUGGGGCCCCCACGCUGCAGCUGCCAGGCUGUCUGAACAGCCUCACGGAGCAGCAGAGACACCUCCUGCAGCAGCAAGAGCAGCAGCUCCAGCAGCUCCAGCAGCUCCUGGCCUCCCCACAGCUGACCCCGGAGCACCAGACUGUUGUCUACCAGAUGAUCCAGCAGGUCCAGCAGAAGCGGGAGCUGCAGCGGCUGCAGAUGGCCGGGGGCUCCCAGCUGCCCAUGGCCAGCCUGCUGGCAGGAAGCUCCACCCCGCUACUGUCGGCAGGCACCCCUGGCCUGCUGCCCGCGGCACCUGCCCCACCUCUGCUGCCCGCCGGAGCCCUGGUGGCCCCCUCGCUUGGCAACAACACGAGUCUCAUGGCCGCGGCAGCUGCGGCCGCAGCAGUAGCAGCGGCAGGCGGACCUCCAGUCCUCACUGCCCAGACCAACCCCUUCCUCAGCCUGUCGGGGGCGGAUGGCAGUGGCCCCAAAGGAGGGACUGCUGACAAAGGAACCUCAGCCAACCAGGAAAAAGGCUAAAUCCACCCCGUCCCUCCUGACUCCCAAAUGGAGGGGGCAGAUCUUGGCCUGAGGGGUCCUAGCCUGGAGCAGGCACCCGCACCCAGACACUGGAGAGACCCCAGCCUGCAUCCCGUGCUGAGGCCCGGGGUGUGUGGGUUGCUUCUGGUGCCAAGGACUGAGACGGAGAGGGAUGCCCCUUCCACUGGCCCCCCUCUCCCUCUGCACUGACCCCUUUGUGAGGGGCUCAGGGGGAGGACAGGUUCCAAGGCCACCUAGGAGCCCCCACUCUCAGCAAAUGUUUUGAGGUCCUCUAAGAGCAAAGUGGGCCAUGGCAUAAGUGGGGGGCUGGUUGGACCCUCCACAUAAAAUGGAUCAGCACUUGAGUGGGGAGAGGUGGGGGGAUAGGCCCUGGGCCUGCCCCUGCACGGAAAUCUCUCACGACAAAAAGUAGUCCUGCUUUACCUGCAGUUUCUUCCCAACCUGGGCAGAUGGCAGAAGUCCCCCGCCCCGGCCCCCCACAAGGGUUACAAGCUGAGCUUGUGAAAGCCCACAGACUAGGGAGCUGAGGGAGGGGCAGGAUGGUAUGGAACUGAACUCAGCCCGGGCCUCCCCAUCUCUCUGGAGCCCUCCCGUGCUGGGAUGGGGAAGGGCAGGGGAGGAGGCCCAGCCCCCUUGAGUGCCCUGUCCCUUGUUUGCACUAUUGGAUUUAGGAGUGCGGAGGGUGGGAAGAUGGAGCUGCCUGACUCAGAGAGUGCGUGUGCCUGUGCGUGUGCGUCUGUGUGUGUGUGUGUGUGUGUGUGUGUCUGUCUGUCUGUCUGACUCCCCCUGGACCUGGGGCAGCCGAGGGCAGGGAUAGGAGCAGUGCUCAGAUGAGGCAGCACCAGAAGGGGGCUCCCAGCUUUUGUUUGCACCCUCCCCACCUCACCAACUUUGGUCCCUUUCUGGGGCGUGAAUGGUUAGCAAAACCGGAACAGUACUCCAAUAUUGGAGAGUAAAUGGGGGCUGGGGGCUUUGAAUCAGGGUAAUAUCCUGCCUUCCCUCCCCCAGACCCCACAUGGUCUCAGUGCCCCCUCCCCUUCCCCCACCACCGUGAUAGUCUGUCCUGCUUCCCUGGCGGGAAGGGAGUCCCAGGGAUGGGGGGAUGGGGCAAAGAGUUGGGGGGGGUAAAGUGCCACUUCCUUUAGUGAAAAGCCCCCUCCCGGAAUUAGCCAGCUUGCUCCCCUGCCCCCACCAACCAGGGGAGCCUUCAGCUUGAGCUGACCUGACAACUGUCCCUUCACCCACCAGCUAUUUCCCCUGGGGUGUGGGGGCAAUUCUCACCUUAAAGAGCCCCCACCUGUCCAGAGCCUUUGGUGACAAAGGCCGAGUGAGGGGCCGGUAGGGCAGCCAGGAGAGGGGCGAGGGUGAAGCCUGUGUCUGUUUCAGUUGCACUGGGGUUGGAGCCGGGAGAAGGCUUUUCCAGCUUUCCCUGAAGCUCGUGUCUCGUCAGUGUUUGCAUGUGUGGAGUUUUGUGUGUGUGUUUCCGUUUGGGUUUUUGUUGUUGUUGUUGGUUUUUUUUUUUUUAAAUAAAGAAAAGAAGAUGUGUAUAUUUUUGGCAACGACAGAAACGUAGUG